UUUCAACCCUACUUGGAAAGUUACAAAUUGCAAAGUCAAUCCAACCACAGAAUUCGGGCGUCUGGUGGGUUAGGAGCCCUUUAAGCUGGGGCUUUAAAGAUUCGCACAACUAGCAACCCAAGCUUUCUCUGAACAAAGCUUUCGAAAGUCUGCAAUGCUUCCUCUUCCUGCCAACUUGUGGAGUCUCAUCUGCCAGGAAAAACAUAACGUAUGUAAGCAAAAAGUGAAGGAUGAUUCUCUAGUCCAUCCACCAGGCAAAAGCAAAGCACAAAAGGAAGAAUCUUUAUAUGCAAAAUCAUCUUCUUAAACUCUCUUAAUGAGCUUUUCUAGUUCUUGACAAACCAAACCCACCUGCCAAAUCUUUCUGGAAAAGAAAAUUCUCUCAAUGGGACACUGCUUCUCAAGAUCCCGAUCUCAUGAUAUUCCAAUCUCUUCCUCUUCUGAUGGCUCACCUCCACCUUCCUAUCAGCCUUUACCCAAAAGAACGCAAGAACAGCCACAACCCCAUCAGUACACACCAGCUCCUUUACAACCAAAGCCAGUUAAAGCUCCUUCAAGUUCAACUUCUCAGAUUGGUCCCAUUUUAGGCAACCCAUUUGUUGACAUCAGCUCAAUUUAUGCUCUUGAUAAAGAGUUGGGAAGAGGUCAGUCUGGUGUUACUUAUCUCUGUACUGAGAGAUCAACUGGGAAUAAAUAUGCCUGCAAGUCCAUUUCCAGGCGCAAGCUUGUGCAUGACAAAGAUAUUGACGAUGUUAGGAGGGAGAUUUUGAUUCUACAGCACUUGAAUGGACAACCCAAUAUUGUCGAAUUUAAAGGUGCUUAUGAAGAUAAACAGAAUCUGCAUUUGGUUAUGGAGUUGUGCUUGGGUGGUGAGCUUUUUGAUCGAAUUAUAACCAAAGGGACUUAUUCAGAGCGUGAAGCAGCUUCAAUUUGUCGCCAGAUUGUAAAUGUGGUUCAUGUUUGUCAUUUUAUGGGCGUGAUGCAUAGAGACUUGAAGCCUGAGAAUUUCUUGUUGGUGAAUCGGGAGGAAAAUUCUCCUAUAAAAGCAACAGAUUUUGGACUCUCCGUCUUCAUUGAAAAAGGGAAAGUUUACAAGGACAUUGUUGGAAGUGCAUACUAUGUUGCCCCAGAGGUGUUGCGGCGAAACUAUGGGAAGGAGAUAGAUGUAUGGAGUGCUGGAGUCAUUUUAUACAUUCUUUUAAGUGGAGCGCCUCCAUUUUGGGCUGAGACUGAGAAGGACAUACUUGAAGCAAUUUUAAAAGAUAGCCUGGACUUGCAGAGCAAUCCAUGGCCUACGAUAUCACCUUCUGCCAAAGAUCUAAUCAGGAAAAUGUUAAAUAAGGAUCCUAGGAAACGAAUCACUGCUGCAGAAGCCCUUGAACAUCCAUGGCUGAAGGUGGGUGGUGACACAUCUGAUAAACCAAUUGAUAGUGUUGUUCUAAUUAGGAUGAAGCAAUUCAGAGCGAUGAACAAGAUGAAGAAGCUUGCCCUAAAGGUCAUAGCAGAAAGCCUCACUACCGAAGAAAUCAAGGGCUUAAAAGAGACGUUUAACAACAUGGACACUGAUGGAAGCGGCACAAUCACCUUUGAAGAACUAAAAGAUGGAUUGCGCAGGCUGGGAUCUAAGCUUUCUGAAACAGAAAUAAAGCAGCUCAUGGAUGCUGCUGAUGUUGACAAAAAUGGAACCAUUGAUUACACUGAAUUCAUUAGUGCAACUAUGCAAAAGCAUAAACUAGAGAAGGAAGAACAUUUGUACAAGGCAUUUCAGUAUUUCGACAAGGAUGACAGUGGGUUUAUUACUAGAGAGGAGUUGAGACAAGCUCUGACUCAACAUGGAAUGGGUGAUGAGGCCACAAUAGAUGAAAUUCUUGAGGAUGUUGAUACUAAUAAAGAUGGAAGAAUCAACUAUGAGGAGUUUGCAACCAUGAUGAGAAAAGGAACUCAAGAUACAAUGGGAAAAUAAGAUAAAGCUAAGUGUAGAGUUCAUAAGGCCAAGAGAUGGCCAAGUCUCAUCUGUACGCUUGUUGCAAAUUGAGCUUUAUUCUCCUUGUGUUCAUGCUAGAUGUUAAUAAAAUUCCUCGCCCCGGCUUUUGUCAAUUUUUAAGUACACAAGGCAACCAACUCAUCAUAUGGAUAACUUUUAAUUUGUAUAUAUAAAAAAGUCAGUUUAAAAUUGAUGAGUUGAAA